AUGGUUUACAACGCCAUAUUGGGAAGACCAAUGCUCAACAGAAUUCGAGCUAUUGUCUCAACUUUUCAUCUGGCUAUGAAAUUCCCUAAUUUUACAAGGUGGGUAGAAGCCGAACCUCUAGUAACAAUUUCAGAACCGAAGCUCAGAUCAUUUAUAUGGAAAUCCAUCAUAUGCAGAUUUGGGAUACCAAGAGUCCUCAUCACAGAUAAUGGAAGACAAUUCGACAAUCCCCAGUUCAAGAACUUCUACGCCAGCAAUGGGAUUGAUCAUCACCUGACCUCGAUCUCACACCCACAAAGUAAUGGGUUAGCCGAAGUAACUAUUCGGAUCAUAUUGCAGGACCUCCGAACAAGGAUAGGGGACGCCAAAGGUGACUGGCCUGACAUGCUGCCCUCGAUACUGUGGGCAUAUAGGACUUCACACAAGGCAGCAACUGGUGAAACGCCAUUCAUUCUUGCUUUUGGGCUUGAGGCUACCAUUCCAAUUGAGGUUACCCUCCCCACAAUAAGAAAGCUCGAGACGAAUAAGGAGAUACAAACUACCGAACAUCUCGACUUGCUUGAAGAGGUAAGAGAGCAAGCUUCCCUUAGGACUGCAAGUUACCAAAACAGAACGGCAAAGCACUUCAAUAAGAAGGUCAAGAACAGGAGAUUUAGAGUCGCGAUCUUGUCCUAA